AAUGCGGUUGGGAUAAAUAAAUAAGACGUCAGUUUUGUGAAUCAGGGCGUUUCGGGGAGUCGUGCUGAACUUCACUGUGACUCUAAAAUAAAUAAAUAAACAAAUAAACAAACAGAUUAUGGCCUUAAACGCGUGCUACCGCCUGACGAGGUGUGUUUUACGAGUUUCAGAAAACAGAAAAGUAGCUGUGAGAGCGCUAGCUUCGCGGUGUUUAUAUCGCCAUUCCGGGGUGAGGACAGACCUUUGGACGCGCAGUUUCUCCGCAGCUGAUCAUCCCGCGGUGACGGUGACUUAUGAGCAGGUGAAGAAGCUGCUUGUGGUCAGAUCAGGUGUGGUGAUAGACGUGAGAGAGCCGUGGGAACUCCGGGAAUACGGCAGCAUACCUGGCUCCAUCAACGUGCCACUGGGUCAGGUGAGUGCGGCUCUGCAGCUGAAGCCGGAGGAGUUUAAGGUGAAAUACGGAGGUGAAAUGCCUAUGGUGGGUGAACACCUGGUCUUUACCUGUCUGGCAGGUGUGAGGAGUCAGAAAGCUCUGGAAGCAGCUCAGUCUUUAGGAUACUCCAAUGUACAGCAUUAUCCAGGAGGAUGGCAGGACUGGGCUAAACAUGAAAUAUUGCAGACUAAAGCGUGAGGUGACGUGAUGCUGUAAACCUGUGAGAAAUAUACUCAGUGUACUGUAAUAAAGGACCCACUGGUCAACAUCUUUCAGCUGCAGCGACUCGGGUCAUUUCAUUCGCCAAAUAUCCAGAAAUAAAGACUGAAACUGCAGUGAUGCAUGUCUUAUUCUACAAGCUUCUGUAUUUAUUUUCCAGCUUGUUUAUCAGGUGUCCUGAACACUAGAGCUUCAUUUUUCAGAAAGUUGGUAAGGAAUUCUGGCAUUUGGGAUGCGGCCAUAAUUAAAGUGGGAUUAAUACUUGCUCACCUUAAUGAUUUUAAUCAGGAAGUUUCUCAUAAAUGUGGGAUUAAGGCUCAUGCUCUGGAGAUAGAAGAAUGUACUGGAGGAAAGUCUGCACUCUUUUGCCUUUAAAUCUUCUUGAACAUUUCAGUGUCUGUGAUAAAAACCUUAAAUAAAUGACUUGAAUUUAA